GGAUAAUAGGCAGACUGGACAGAGUGAUGCGACGUCCAGUCGAGAAUCGCUACUCGUAUCUACACCUUUGGCGGGAGUUUGUCGUCUUUCACGGACGCCCGAAUACAGCUAAGAGACUGACAUUUGAAUUGCGACAUCCAACCCUUAAGGGGAAUAUGUACGACUCCACUGUCUAUCCGGAGGAUUCCACACGCGGGGAGAGUGACAGAAAGACUGACGAAGAUGCAGAAAAAGAAGCCCAAGUUCGAGAACGUAUCAAGCGUGCCAAAGCGUUCGUGGGCGUUGACGAGGUGACGAAGAUCGAAUUUAUGAUUCCUCUCUUCGCCGAAGUACUGGGAACUUGCUUGCUCGUCUUCAUAGGCUGUGCAUCCUGUAACAAUUGGAAUGUCGAGCCGACAGUCCCGCAAAUUGCCCUCACUUUCGGUCUCACCAUUGCCAGCUUGGCGUAUCUCUUGGGGCCCAUUUCCGGAUGCCACAUAAAUCCUGCGGUAACGCUGGGCCUACUCGUUACCGGUAACUGCACUCUUCUCAAGGGACUCUUUUACAUUAUCUGCCAGUGCUGCGGGGCCGUGUGCGGCGCUGCGCUAUUGAAGGUGAUCCUGCCAUCGACUCCCACAGUCAGCACCAGUGUUGGUAACACUGCACUGGGCACGAAUAUAACAGUGGGACAAGGAGUCCUGGUAGAAGCCAUCAUCACUUUCCUCCUGGUCCUCGUUGUGCACUCGGUGACGGAUUCGAGACGACCCGAAAUGAAGAACAUGGCUGCUCUGGCUAUCGGACUUACUAUUACCGCUGCUCAUCUUGCCUGUGUACCGGUUACCGGGAGCAGCAUGAAUCCGGCCCGAUCAUUGGGGCCUGCUGUUAUCUUUGGCGUCUGGGAGGAUCAUUGGGUUUACUGGAUCGGACCCAUCCUCGGGGGUCUUGUCGCUGGUGCUAUCUACAGGAUAGUUUUCUGGUCGAAGAUCAAAGACGACGAUGAGGCCUCGUACGAUUUCUAGAUUACUUAGGACCCCAUUGCUCUCCUGGUUUUAUUGUACAUUAUAUUAUAGGAGCAAGAUACCGACGGACGGGCCGUGUUUCUUUUUUUUUUUCGAAUUCUCUAUAACGAGAUGCGAGGCUCGACACGAAUCUGGUUUUGUUCUAUUUUUAUCCGCUAUUUCUUUUUUUUUUAAUUCCUUUUUUGUCUCUUUUUUACGAAAUUUAUUGCUCUGUAGCGGAGAGGAUGAAACCUUUUUCGAUAUUUUUUUUACGGUCGCUUAGCGCUCAUUCGGUACGGCACAAUGAUAUUAACAAUAAUAACAACAGUUUUCGCGCGGACGCCAUAAUUUUUUCGUAUUAUUUCGGCUUUAGAAUUUAGAUAUCCAAAGUGGAGAGAACCAAAGAUUCGUUAGAGUGUAUUUAAGGUGUUGCGGGAUACAUUGAUAAGCGCUAUCGAUCUUACUCGAUAUAUCGAAUUGCAAAAAAAUGACAAAGACAAAGUAAUUAUACAUGAAAUCUGAUUCGAAGCAGACAGACUAUUUUCUUAUUCCAAAUGACAAAAUUCUUUCGUGUCGAGCCUCGUUUAGUCAAUGAUGGAUUUCAAUAAUGUAUUUUCAAAAGACAAAAACGCAUUAAUUUAAUUCACGUGUUACGAAUCGUUUUAGGUUUUAAUGGGAAUCAGAGACGUUAUUGCAUCUCCACGAUGACCACGACGCGUUGUCACAAAAAAUCAUUCAGAACGAAAAAGAAAAGCACGGCGGGACAUGUGACCUACAUUAAUUACGUCUCAUCCAACAUGCCUCGUAUUAAUCUCAUCAAAUGGUCAUGAGGAUCACCCUUUCGACACUAAUAAUAAAUCAUAUACAUUAUUACCUUCCUUAACUGCUCUUAUUCUGCCUCUUCUUCAGACACACGAAGUUCCCGCUUCUCCAUUCCCUGAAUUCCUAGAGGCUAUUUUUUUACUCUACAUAUCCAAUCUCAAUUGCGACCUAUUUCGGCGUGAAAUUUUUAUUAUUUACAAUACACCGAACUCUGUGCGACGUUGUUGAGAUGUUCUUUAGGGACGAGAUAGUGAACAAUGUAAAGUAAAAAAAAAAAAAAAAUAUUGAAGAAGCAACUUACCAGCAGAUAUUACUUUAAAAGCUAUAAGAGAUAAAUUGUAUCGCUUCUCGUCCGAGAAUUGUCUCAAUGUAUACUUGUAUACUUGUAUCUAUGUAUCAUAUAAGAAGUUGUAUAUAUUGUACUUAAAUUAGUGGUAAACCGUGUCACAUAUUGGGCCCUAGGGGCCCCGCGUAACAGAUGACAUUCAACAUUACACUACGUGCCUGUGUGUUAAUAAAACCUUAAUUGAAAACUA